UGCUGACCGUCGCGCACAUUGGUUGUCAACGUUUCUCCGCGAGGAAAGAACCCGAGAAGGGAGGGGGGAGGAACGGACCCCCUCCGUUCUAACGGGCCUGAUUGGGCAGUUGGGGUUCCAAAGAGGUGUGGCUGGCCUUGGCCGAGGGUUAUAAAAAGGUUUGCUGAGCGCCGGCCACCCUCAUUAAGUGAGGGUGGCGGAAGCGAGUUUGUAACAACCUGGAGGGGGAGAAUUAGGAAGCGAAGGGGGGGAUAUUUGAUUCCCCCCCCCGUAGAUACAUGAAAGGAGCAUAUAAUUAAACGGAGGAGUAUUGUUUCUUUUUAGUAGGAAUAAGGACUAUUAGACCCCAAAUCAACAGACUGGGGUGCCAAAUUAGGGAUAAGUAUAUGCUCAGAAGUGCUUUAAGCAUAGGUUAGGGUGCAUGUGCGAUCCCUGUAAAAAUCAGGGUUAAAUUGUGCUACUCUGCAAACUUCUGUUCAGACCCAGCACAAUGAAUUCCAAUGUAGAAAAUCUACCACCUCAUGUGAUUCGUCUGGUGUACAAAGAAGUCUCCACUCUCACCUCAGACCCACCUGAGGGCAUCAAGGUGUUCCCCAACGAGGAGGAUAUCACAGAUGUUCAGGUCACCAUUGAGGGACCUGAGGGUACCCCCUACUCUGGCGGCCUUUUCCGCAUGAAGCUGAUCCUUGGCAAAGACUUCCCAGCCAGCCCACCAAAAGGCUAUUUCUUGACCAAAAUCUUCCACCCUAAUGUGGGUGCCAACGGUGAGAUCUGUGUCAAUGUCCUCAAGAAGGAUUGGAAAGCAGAACUGGGCAUUCGGCAUGUCCUGCUGACCAUCAAGUGUUUGCUUAUUCAUCCCAAUCCGGAGUCAGCUCUGAAUGAAGAAGCGGGGCGCCUCCUGCUGGAGAACUAUGAGGAGUAUGCCUCCCGGGCUCGGCUCCUGACAGAGAUCCACGCCCAGUCUUCCUCGGGCUUACGCACCAAGGACCCCGCUGAGCCUUGCUCCUCCUCGGCCAGUUCCUCUGGGGAAGGCCCCAUAGCAAAGAAACAUGCAGGUGACAGGGACAAGAAACUGGCCUCGAAGAAGAAGACUGACAAGAAGCGAGCUCUCCGGCGGCUUUAGGGAGCAGGGGACAGAUGGGGAGUCACACAGGUUGGGUGGCGGGCAUUGGGGUUCCACAGUACAUUCUCAGUUUCUCCUUCCCCCCCCCACGUCCCAACUUCAGCUUUGACACUUCAGUCUAACUGUCUCCCAUUUGUCAGAUUUUUCUUCUUUUCAGUCUUUAAGUUAUUUAAAUUAUAAAAGCCGAGAAAUCUAUUAAAUGCCUUUUUUUCUAAAGAAGGCUCCUGAUGUAUGGUUGUGCUGUCAUCGGAAACUGACAGGGCACACAGUGAGAAUUCUGUGACCCUGCCUUUAAAAGGAAUAUGGCUGACGCUGGAGAAGAUACUGCAUCAAGAUGACUGGAAGGAAGAGUGUGCCUUCACUUUUGAAGAAGGAUUUAAAGGGGAUGCUGUUUCUUGAUUGGGAGGGGGGAAGAAAGUGGAGAGAAAUCAAUAGAGGUUCCAAUAACUGAACUCUGUGAAUGAGAUGAUUUUGUCUUUAGAAACUUGAGCUUACUCUCUGUGUUUGAUUGAAUGUGCAGAAUGAAGAAUUUGUUCCUUGGCACAACCCCUAAGAAAGGAAUAUCUUAUCAUAAUAUAUGGCAGCCGUCUAGCUAAGAGUUGAUUUUAAAAGGGCUCAGGUAGGCAUGUUCAUGGGUGACAAGUUCUACCAUUUGUCUUAUCCAUGAAAGCAAAAUGAAGCCCCACACAUUUUCUCAGUAGGAGUGGAAAACCAGCUGAGUGAGCACUGGGGAGGGCAGGAUCCCAUGGUUCUUCCUUGAGUGGUUGGAUGAUACCAAAGGUAGGAUAGCAACCCCCCGAUGUCAUCUAAAUGGGUCUUGAAAUGCCACCUGAGUGCCUUGAAUUCGCUCCUACCUUGCCCUUUAUUCUGUGGGAAUUUCAGAGGCAUUGCAUUCAAUCUACCUGGAGUGAAAGUGAGGUGUUACUGACUUCGUGUCCUGCUUCCAGCCGUUGCUGAGAAUGCCAUCUUAAUUGCUUUUGAGCUCCUUGGGUCUAAUCCAGCAAGGCAUUUUAGCAGCACCGACUGUCCUCACUAUAGCAUGAGUUGGCAAUGUCAUUGCUAUUGUGGCUUAGAGACACCUCCCACAGUAGUGUCUCUUCUUGAGAGGAGUCUAGAGGCAGAGAACUAGUGAGAUUUUGCAAGAGGCAAGGUGUGCCACUGACUUUAGUAUACAAGUCAGCAAUUAAGUAACAUGUGAACUUGGUCUCUGUGUAUGUCACUUGGGAGUAUUGUUAUGUAGUUCAAAUGUCAGGGCAACUUAGGAUAGUACCAGGGAAACCGCUCCUACCUGGUUCUUUGCCUCACCUGGACGUUUCAUCUUUUCCACCCCAGAAGUGUAAUGAAACUCUUUGGGGAUUUAUUCCAUACCUGCCAGCAUAUGCUGGCUGAAUUCUGUUGCACAGCUUCAGGAGCACGGUGGUGAUGAUGUAAUCCUCAAAGACAAAUUGCCAUGGAUUAAAGGCUUCCUUUGGCAUUUUCAA